AUGAACUCUUCCCCUCGUCAAAUCCCGCGCUUUCUUAAAGACGUUCAAAACGCAAAUCCCCAGACUUUGCAAGGAAAAUUUCGCAAACUCGAGUCUGAAGAUAAUGAACGUUCAAAACACGCAAAUGAUAAAGAUAGUCGUUUCUCCCUCACAAUCGCCAGUAGCAAGGCUGCUGGUCCAUUUAACAGAUACAUGGAUAUAAUGCCGUACAACCACUCACGCGUGAAACUCUCAUCGGGAAAGACAGACUAUAUCAAUGCUAGUUAUCUCGAUGCUCCUGGGAAGAUAAGGCGAUACAUUGCGGCUCAAGGACCGUUAUCAAAGACAAUUGAUGAUUUUUGGUUGAUGGUAUGGGAGCAGAAUUGUGGGGUGGUAGUAAUGUUGACGCAAGAACGGGAGAAGAAUUUGCCAAAAUGCACGAGGUAUUGGCCCGAGAAGGAUAAAUCUUUUAAUUUUGAUGACAUUGGAAUGACAGUUACUCUCGAGUCAGAGGUUUUAGAUCCGAGUAUAUCAUCCGUUAUGCGUAGUAUAACCCUUACCAGGAAAGAUGAUGAUAAUAGCGGACAGCCUUCUAAAACUCGUCGAAUUACCCAGUUACACUUUAUGGGAUGGUCUGAUCAUGGAGUGCCUGAUUCUCCAGAUGCACUUUUGCUAUUAAUUUCCAAGACAAACGAACUACAACAAUUGCAUGCCGAUGAAAAUAACGCUCGCACUCCACCGGAUGCUGUUGGACCUGUUGUAGUUCAUUGCAGUGCAGGAGUUGGUCGAACUGGCACAUUCUGUACUGUUGAUAGCGUGAUGGCUUUAUUACCAGCAAUGGAUGAUGAUUCGAUGGAUCUUGUAUUUCAUAUAAUAGGGUUCUUCAGAGAGCAGAGAAUGAGAAUGGUUCAGACUCUACGGCAGUACCAGUUCUGCUACUUGACUUUAUUGAGAAAGUUUAUGCUGGACGGAAUCCACGAGUAA